AUGGAAAUCGAUGCCGCUGCUGAAAAGUGUGACAAGACACAAAAGUCAACAGGCAAAUGUUGCCAGCAAGUGUUGCGAGCCCUGAGCUGUGUCACCGGAGAUAUGAAGUUGUUUGGAGACUGGCUAAAAGAUAAGCCUGUGGCUCUCCAAUUUGUUGACUGGCUUCUGCGCGGAAUCUCUCAAGUGAUGUUUGUGAACAAUCCUCUCAGCGGCCUCAUCCUGCUCGUUGGAUUCCUGGUCCAGAGUCCUUGGCUGACACUCAUGUGUUGCAUUGGAGGGAUUGUGUCAACUUUAACUGCAGUUAUUCUAAGUCAAGACAGGUCCUCCAUUGCUGCUGGACUCCACGGCUACAACGGUGUCCUUGUAGGGAUGCUGAUGGCCGUCUUCUCAGACAAGGGUCAAUAUUACUGGUGGCUUCUACUUCCUGUUAUACUCAUGUCUAUGACCUG